AUGACCUACACACGACCAGAGGUCAAGGGUUGUUCAUUGGAGAUAAGGGGCGAUGCUCCUGUUGGCAAGAUGUUUGCUCCCACCAUCGCCUUCACCGCGGCAACAUGCUUGUACAUUGAUGAUGCUACAUUCACCGUGACUCCGCCGCCUCAGACAACAUACUUCAAUGGUCAGGUGAUCACCGGAACAACACUCAACGGAUCGACUACAUUCAUCAAAGGACUCCCAGGUGUCUACCACUUGACCAUCGUGGAUGAGGUCAAUCAAUGCUCAUGGUCCAACAUAAAGUUCACCAUCCCAUACUCGAUGCCAGACUUCAAGUUCAAAUACAAUUUGACCAAGCGUAUCACUGAUUGCUCAUUCACAGGAAAUGACUACACCACCAUAUCAGUUGAGAACCCUGCAAAGUAUAGUUAUCUCACGCCAGUCGUUGAUGCCAAUGGUCUGAUGAACCUCACGACGUCACUCCCAAUCAGCUUCCAGUAUGGUGAUUGCAAGGCAAGCAUCUACCUUUCAAACAUCCAGACCACACCUGAUCUCAAGGUACAGGCCACCAAGUUGCACCCGAUCACUUGCUACAAGGGUGAUGGAGUGUUCCAGAUCACAUUGUCACAAGGUGGACUGCCCCUCCCGACCAAUGUACCCUUGUACAACGCUGCAACCUUAUCCAAGGUCACCCCUGGCAAGUUGACAAUGGAUGUCGUGGCGGGCAUCUGUCGCACGUCAUUCACUCUAGACACCCAGUUUGAAGACCCUAAGUUUGUGUUUGAAACGACGCCCAUCUUCCCAGGCAACACCAUCCCUCUCUACCCGGAUCACAUCUUUGCUGGAACUGUGUUGGUCAGAUCAACUUUGAAGGGUGUGUUUAUCAAUGCCGUGCCAAUGGGUGACCCAUCAAUCACUGUUGACUUGUCCAAUCCAUUGCGAUUCAUCACCUCUGAUGACCAGCUCACAUUCAACAUCACCUGGAACACAGUGUGUAACAAGGUGUACCAAGUGCCAGUGCCAAAAGUGGCCCAUCCAACACCAGACUACUACUUGAUGUUGGAAGGAUGUCCACCAAGCUACACAUUCGUACUCAACAACUACAGAGUGUUCUUUGGUGCGCAGCUGGAUGGCGUGCCGUUGGGUCCCCAGGGUACCCUGACAAAUGUACCAUACGUGGAUGGUAGCAAAGUGCACCUGGUCUACGCGACCAAGUUGGCAACUAACUACAUCACAUCAGACACUGUGAUCACUGUUAAACCUCCAUCAACUCCCGCACUAUCAAUGGGCAAUGUUACCGGCAGACGUGAAUACACGAUGGACACAUCAGCAAAAAAUCAACAAUCAUCCAAUGUGUUCACAUCACUGUCCAAUGGUGACUACUACUUGUUAUCGACACCUCAAGGUCAACCAUAUUGUAGAAGUAUACAACAGUUCAGUGUCAAGGGUGGUGAGCCUGCGCCAAAGAUUGGCACUCAGACAAUGUGUUCAGCCAACAAGGUGCUGCCAAUGAACAUAUCUUUCGGUCUCAACAUGCCAGUGAACCAAUACUUGAUCAACUUCAAUGGACGCCAACUCAACACCUCACAGCCACUACCCAACGGACUGUACCCAUUCCAGAUCAACAUCACUGAUCCCAUCUGCAGGCGCAUACUCCGGCUGACCAACAUCACACUAAGCACUCAAUCAGUCGAGCCAUUAAUCUCAUCGGACCAAUGUCAGCGUGCCAAGCUGUCAGUUCGUGCGCCAGGCAACUACAACAUCAACUUCACCAACACAAAGGAUGGUAGUGUCAAUGUAUCAAUGACAUAUCAGUUCAACAGCACUUCAUCGCCACUCUCAAUCAACCUUGCCGAGGGCAUUUACACAGUAGUCAUUCAAUCAGAUUCAUGUCAAUCAUCGUAUAACAUCUAUGUUGAAGGUUGUCCUCCACCACCAAUCAUCAACAAGAAGAAUCUGGCAUGGAUCUCUGUAUUGGUAGUAGCUGGUGUCGUCCUAAUAUUAAGUGGCAGCUUCGUCAUCUACAGACGCUAUAGAAUGAGACGUUGA